CCUACAAGAUGCCAAGUGAAGAGGCCAACUUUGUCUAUAGGUACCCCAAGAGAGGGCACAGCCACUCCUACCUCACAGCUGAAGAGGCUGCGGGGAUUGGCAUCUUGACAGUGAUCCUCGGAAUUUUACUGUUCAUCGGCUGCUGGUAUUGUAGAAGACGAAGCGGAUACAGAAGAUUGAAGGACAAAAGCCUUCAUGCUGGCACUCCAAGUACUUUAAUAGGAAGAUGUACAUGUGAGGGGCUUGGUCACCAGGACAGCAAACUGCCUUUUCAAGAGAACAAUUGUGAAUUUGUGGUUCCCAAUGCUCCACCUGCCUAUGAGAAAGUCUCUGCAGAACAGUCACCACCACCUUAUUCUCCAUGAGAGCCAGCAAAGCCCUUGAGAGAUGCUGAAGUCAUUUCCCUCACAUUUUUCCCUAAAUUUAAUAUGGGCAUUUAAUGAUCUGCUUUGAAAUGCUGUAGUGUACAUUGCCUCUAAUAAUAAGCUUAGUGUUAAAUUCUUAGUAGGGCAAACAGCAAUACUAAUUGAGGAAAUGAUGAAAAAUAUUAAAAUGGAAAAACUUUGUCAAUAAACGUGUAAUGCAUGCUUUUGUGCCAGUAGUAAUGUUAAUAAACCUACGGUGUUGUAUUAUUUUCUGAGACAGUU